UUCAAUUUACUUCCUGUUUUGAAAUGGCUGUCCUGUGGUGGAUGUGUUUUGUUUUAUUUCCAGGAUUGAUGCACUGUUACGUCGAUAUAUGUGGAGGAGGAACGUGCAGUGCUAAUUUGAGCACAACACAUCAAGGCCUUGGAUCAGAUAAAGUGAUUGACGGGAUUACCAUUCAGUCAUACACUAGCUGUUCACAGACUGCUAUUGGCCAAUCAUCAGCUUAUGUUAUAGUGGACUUAGGAAAAGUUUAUCACUUGAAAAACAUCGUUAUCUACUACAGGAAUGAAGGUAAUUGGAAACCAUACAGAUUUCGGGAAUUUGAAUUAUCUGUUACUAGUGGGGGUUCAUCACAAUGGACCUUGUGCCACAGAGAUACAACUAAAUAUCCUGCUUACCCUUCAAGUAUACAAAAUAUAACAUGUAAGGAGUACGCCAGAUACGUCAGAGUUGCAACAAGUUACGAUGCCCCUGAGGCUGGUCAAGGAGCUGUACUAGAAGUGUGUGAAAUAAAAAUUUACGGCUGUAAUGUUAGUUUUUACGGACCGUCUUGCUCAUCCUGUGGUGGAUGUCUGUAUUGUGACAUUGAAACUGGUUGUCCAUGCAGCCGAAAUUGUGUAGACGGUGCUUGUGAUCUAUACGGCAACUGCACCGGGGUAUGUUCUUCGGGAUACUGGGGAGGGAAAUGUACGAAUGCCUGUCAACGUCCAAAUUGUCUAAAUAACGUCUGCAAUAAAGGAGAUGGAAGCUGUACCUCUUGCUUUCAUGGAUACUAUGGAGAUACAUGUAGUUCAUAUUGUUCUGCGUGCCAAGGACAAACGUGUGAUUAGACAGGGUACUGUACAAACGGAUGUAUUG